AUGCAGGGGCGAGUAGGGGAUGGACCGGGAGGAGCCGGCGCGAUCUUCGUUGGGGGGUUGCUUACCGUACCGGCGCCGACCUCUCGUCGCUCUUUCCGUUACGACGGCCCUCGACCCCCUCCUUCGGGGCAGACGCAGAUGCAGCCGGAGAGCGGCAGUGAGGAGGAGGAUGAGGAGGAGGAUGGUGAGGGCGAGAAGGAGGAGGACACUGAGGGGAGCGGGGAUGACAGCGAGGCGGGGUGGGACCCAGAGACGCAUGGCGGUGGGCAGGGGGGAGAUGAUGAUGAUGAAGACCACGAGAUGGAUCGGUUGGAGCCAGAGGGGCGGGAGGAGGAGGUGGGAGAGGGUGGAAGGGCGGCGACAGAGGCGGGAUCACAGCAUGUGCGUGAAGGGGGAGGGAGCGUGGGGGUUACGGUGGGGGGGAGAAAUGCCGUGACCAUUAGGGAGCCGAGGCAGAGGAAGAAGGCCAACAAGUUGAGGGAGCGGGCGUAUCCCUGCACGUUCACUGGGGAGCCCUUGGGCGAGGGUGUGAUCGCUCCCGAGUUCCUAGACGAGGACGGAGGGUCCGAGAGUAGUAAGGGGACUAGCAAGGGGGAGACGUUUCCCCGUGGGGGCUACAAGGGAGUGCCGGAUGGCUACGUCUAUCAGUGGCCACAUGCCAAGACUUGGCCGCAGCUCGCCAAGGGGAAAGGGAUGGCGACUGGUGGAGGUCAUGGGUCAGGCGGGAUGGAGCGGUGGAUGACAACCAAACUGACCUCGUUUCGUGAGCUACUCAUCCUGCUAAACCGCAACUGCGCGCAGAAGAACUUCAUCCCCUCGCGCUGGACGGUUUCCCGCGACACAGUGGUCUAUGCGGCUGCCGCUCUUCAGUCAGCCAUUGCGGAGAUGCUGGGGAAGGAGGGGGAGCUGGGGUGCAGGGUGUCGUUCACCAUCGACAUGUGGACGGCGCCCAACAACAGGGCGUGGCUAGUGGUAACGGGUCACUGGAUUGACGAUAAUUACCAGUUGCGCACAAUGGUGUUUGAAUUCCGCGAGAUUCACGGGCGUCACACGGGCAAGCAUAUGGCGAGGGUGGUUGAGGAGACGGUGGUGCAGUGGGGGUUGGAGACGCGUUGUUUUGGGUUCACCUCAGACAACGCCUCCAGCAACACUGCCGCUUUCAGAUGGAUGUCGGAGGAGGGUGGUGGCCAGUGCUUCUUCAACUCGCGCAUGCACUUCCGGUACGAAAGGGAGUGUGCGUGGGAUGUGCGAUGA